CGGGCGUGUUGUUGACGAUCGGGUCGCAAACCAUGGAAAUGAAGGAACCUGAAAGAUGGUGGACGAUGGUUGGAGUGUGAUGGAUGAUGACAGACGCAGCCUGCUUGCUUUGCUGCAGGUGCCAGCCCUGCAGGUGCGCGCUUGCUUCCCCUCCCCUCCACUUCCCAUCUCUUUCUGCUCUUCCCAUUCCUCCUCCCCGUUCCACGGUUCCUACAUUCUCCCUCCCGCUGUCAUUACUGUCGUUCCCUUCCUAUUCCUCCCCUCGUGAGCCUCUUUCUGGUGGUUGCGACGGGUAUUCCUUCUUUCUUUUAAGCUUAUCGCAGAAUUCGCAUUCCACAGUCCACAUUCCUCCAUUCUCUGCUCUCCACCCCGCCUAUCGCGUGGGUCAAUGCUCUAGUCCUUAGUUCGCGGCGUCGUCGUCAUCCAUCGCGAACAUGGGCGAGUCCGACCCUCCAUAUU